GUAGAUUUCAAUUUCCCUUUGUGAAAAAUUAUAGAAUCAGUUGGAUGCCUGAAGAGGUCUCUUAUGCUGACAUUCCUGUAUUGGUACUGUGCACUCUGCCCUCGGAGACAUGAAGAGACUAGGUCCUAGUCUCAGCUCUUUCCGCAAAGGCACAGGUGGUUCCUCUUAACCUAAGUGACUCAGUGCAUGUAGGAUGGUAAGAAACCAGGUUUUAUGUUUCCCCUUUCUGAUUAUCAUUCCUUAGGGUCUGAAGGUCCCACUGGUGCUAUUGCAAGGUCUUGCUAUCUUUACACUGCAGUUUUGUAAGAUGUGCAAGCAGGUUAACAAGAGAGGUCUGAGAAGGGCAAUUGGUUCAAUAACUGUUUGGGGUCCACCCAGACAGAAAACACAUGCUAUUUUCCCAGCCUGACCAACUUGGCAUUCAGAGUACAAGCUCACUGGGGAGGGGCUGGGCUGCUCCAGGCAGGAACUGGAGUCAGAGGUUUCCCCUGCUGUUUGCUGAGAGGACAUUAGGAAUGCUUUCAGCGCCUACUUCCUGACCUAUCUCUCUGUAGUCAGGCAGCUUGGGGGCAAUCUGACCACAUCUUACCCUCAGCCCUUCAGGGACCAGGAUGCAGGCCAAGUACAGCAGCUCAAGGGACAUGCUGAAUGAUGAUGGGGACACCUCCAUGAGCCUGAAUUCUCUAUCCUUGUCCACCACCCGGCAGCGAGAGCACUGGCACACAGAGCAUGGAACCCCCUCUUCAGCAUGGCGCCCAGUGGCCCUGACACUGCUGACUUUGUGUGUGAUGCUGCUGAUUGGACUGACAGCCCUGGGCCUUGUGUUUUUUCAGUUCUACCAGCUCUCCAAUACUCAGCAAGACAACAUCUCUCAGAAGGAAGAAAUGUUGGGGAAUCUCUCUCUACAGCUGCAGUCUCUCCAAGUCCAGAACAGGAAGCUUGCAGAAACUCUGCAGCAUGUGGCUGAAAAACUCUGCCGUGAGCUCCAUAACAAAAGUGAGGGACAUAAGUGCAGCCCUUGUCCAGAAAAAUGGAAGUGGCAUGGGGACAAAUGUUACCAAUUCUAUAAAGAAAGCAAAAGCUGGCAAGGCUGUGAAUAUUUCUGCAUUGCUGAGAACUCCACCAUGCUGAGGAUAAACACACAGGAAGUGCUGGAGUUUGCCAUGCCUCAGAGCUACUCUCAGUUUUUCUACUCUUAUUGGACAGGACUGUCCCGCAAUGGGAGUGGCAAGGCCUGGCUAUGGAUAGAUGGAUCACCUUACUCCUUUCAAUU